UUGUGGGGGUGGGGGUGGGAUCGGGGGCAGGAGUGAGAUCCCACGUUGAAUCUUUCUUAAGUGCAUGAGGAGAGGGGGAGAGAGAGAAGGCGAGGGGGCACAUUUGCUGGUGCUGCUGGGUUGGGAACUCCGCUUAAGCACGUGGCAGGCUUUUGCAGAGAGGAGCCCGUAAAGAGUCGACUUGACCCUGCAGCGCCUGCUAGAAAGUUUAAGUUUCUGCUUCUUCGGUUCUUUGCAGUGCCCCGACGUUGCCGCGCUCCCCCCCCCCUCCUCCGGGACAGAUCGCCCUUUACCCGUUGCACACAAUGGACUCGAAAGCCCCUCUCCGCUACCUCGCGGCGGGGCUGCUGCUGACGCUUUGCACCCGGGGGUCCUUGGGCGUCCCCACUUUCAGGAAAGAGAGGGGAGUUCAUCCGGAGCCCGAGCUCAGCGAUCGGCAGCACGAAGACAACCAGAGCUUCCAGUAUGACCACGAGGCCUUCCUGGGCAAAGAAGAAGCCAAAACUUUCGACCAGCUCACCCCAGAGGAGAGCAAAGAAAGGCUGGGGAAAAUUGUUAAUCGAAUUGAUGAUAACAAAGAUGGCUUCGUCACCACAGAGGAACUAAAAAACUGGAUUAAGCGAGUGCAGAAACGCUACAUCUUUGAAAACGUGGCAAAAGUCUGGAAGGAUUAUGACCUCAACAAAGACAACAAAAUUUCUUGGGAAGAAUACAAACAAGCCACAUAUGGCUAUUACCUUGAAAACCCAGCUGAGUUUGAAGAUGCAACAGAGCAGCACAAUUUCAAAAAAAUGAUGCCCAGGGAUGAAAGAAGAUUCAAAAGAGCUGACCUGGAUGGUGAUUCCGAAGUCACUCGUGAGGAGUUCACAGCUUUCCUUCACCCAGAGGAAUUUGAGCAUAUGAAAGACAUUGUUGUUCUAGAAACCCUGGAGGACAUAGACAAAAAUGAGGAUGGAUUUGUGGAUCAAGAUGAAUACAUUGCUGAUAUGUUUGCGCAUGAAGAUGGUGGUCCAGAACCUGACUGGGUAAUAACUGAACGGGAGCAGUUUGCAGAUUUUCGGGAUCUCAACAAGGAUGGGAAGAUGGAUAAAGAGGAGAUACGACACUGGAUUCUCCCACAAGACUAUGAUCAUGCACAAGCCGAAGCCAGACACUUAGUAUAUGAGUCGGAUGUUGACAAGGACCACAAGUUAACCAAAGAAGAGAUUCUGGACAACUGGAAUAUGUUUGUUGGAAGCCAAGCAACAAAUUAUGGAGAAGACCUCACAAAAAACCAUGAUGAGCUAUGAUGUUUUUUGAAAAGCAAAUACACUAGAGACUUGUUUUCCUGUAUAUAACCAAAGCAAUAGUGGCUAUUUUAGCAGAUUAUAUUUUUAAUAAAGAUAUUUUUUAGCAUUGUAGAAUAUAUAAUAGGUUUACCACUUUUUUAAUUGCACAUUUUUAUUAUACAUUUCAGUAUAAUUUUGUGGAUGCACUUUUCAGUUACAGCUUUUGAUACACUUUCAACUCAGCCAUAGAUACUCAGACUUGGAAUUCUCACUGACAUUGGUGAGACUUAGCUUGUAAAAUGUAGUAUAUAAGAGGAGUAGCCUCAUAGAAUACCCUUGUAUGUUGUUGACCUAUACUGUAUCACACUGCAAGUGUGUGUGGUGGGUUGCAAUUGGUUCAGUGCUUCCUUAUAACACAUUCAAUAAUGUCAGGCUGCAAUUCUGUACACAUCUAGCUGGGAGUAACUCCUGUUAAACUAAGUGGGACUUCUGAGUAGGCACAUGAGGAUUGCACAAUAGGUAGGGGUCUUCCUGACAUGCUGGUUUCCUUUAGUAGAGACUUUUUCAGAAGAAGAACUGUAUUGAAUCAGGCCAUCUGUUCCAGCAUCCUGUUCUUGCAGAGGCCAACCUAUGGGAAACAUUGAAGCAGGACCUAAACUCAACAGCACUUUCCUCCCUUGGGAUUUCCAUGGGUACAGAGUUUGGGCUUCCCAUCUACUUCCAUGGCAGUGAUGGCUUUCACAUUCCCUUGCAGGGGAGAAGCCCUGGGUGGAGGGAACUAUAUGAAUGGUUGGAAGCUCCUGCCUUGGUUUAAAUCCAUUGUCCUAAAUUAGAACCAAUAAAUCUCUCAUUGGCAUUUGAAAGACAUGGUGCGAUGUUUCUGUUCAAGCAGCAGAGCUGCUGCUUUCUACACUUUCCCUAUGUUUGGUAGAGUGAUCCACUUCAUAUUUAUAAAGUGGGUUUUGCCGAAUAUUAUGGGUGGAUAGCAGUCAUUUCACAGUGGAAAUGAAGACACACCACAUUUCCAAACUGGACCUCUUGUGAGCAUUCAAGAGCCUUUGAACUUUGUUUUGAAUCUCCAGAAAGGCUAUACAGUGGUAGCUCGGUUUAAGUACACAAUUGGUUCCGGAAGUCCCCGGAAGUCCGUACUUAACCUGAAGCGUACUUAACCUGAAGCGAACUUUCCCAUUGAAAGUAAUGGAAAGUGAAUUAAUCCGUUCCAGACAGGUCCGCGGAGUACUUAAACUGAAAGUACUCAAACCGAAGCAUACUUAAACCGAGGUAUGACUGUACAGCACAAUAUUCUGAAUUUGGUGUGUGUGUGUAUAUAUAUAUACAUAGAUAUGCAUUGCCACUUUAAGGAGGUUUUAUGCUAUCAGCUAAUAAAAGCUUUUAAUUUAGGGGCUUAGAGAGGAGCUGUAUUUCAGAAUGCAUAUGAGCUGUUGCAUAUGAUACAUUUUUGUCUGUAUUGACUUGAAGAUACGAACAAUAAAAAAAAUAUUACAUCUUCUGGAUAAUUUAAAGGUCUUAAAGUGGGAAUGAAGAAGGGUUUCAUACAAAAUCUUAAAAUGCUAGUUUGCUCAUGUCCUGAUGGAAUUUUCCUGCCUGUGAUAUCAAGUGGGCAGGAAACAUACAGCAUAAGAAUGUUAACAUGCAAUGUAAUUUAUAUAUCAAGGGGCAGAGUUUAUCCCUUGCUCAUCCCUGAUAGCUGUUUACUGCUGCUGUAUAAGAGUAAUACUUUUUCCCAUUUAUUUCCCCCAACCCCCAUCUGCAAACUCGAUGAAGAGUGCCUCUUUCAAAAUGGCACAAAGCUGCAUUUUGUGACAUGCAUUGUUAGUGACAUGAAGGUGAGAAGUGGAAUCGCUGCAAACACCACUGCUCCUUUCCUGGGCAAUGGGUACAAUAAGGGGAUGCACUCUGGAAGUCAGACAGCUGAAGAUUACUAGCUAUGCAAACCAAUAAAUGGUUACCAAGCCCAACUAGUUUGUGGAAUCUUGCUGGGGAUCCUCAAUUGGCUGUAGCUCCCUGAUGUAGGUCCCAUAUAUAUUUGGAGAUGCGCAAAGCAACUGUAUAGAAAGAGGGUUUUUAGAGAGG